AUGCAACAACCGGAGGAGAGUGUUACUGCUGUUGAGAAGGUAGUGGAAGAGCCUCACUUUGCAGAGAAGACGAAGCGUGACGUCGACUCAAGCUCUACAUCAACCGCCAAGGAACAUGAAACCAAGACUGAGAUUCCAUCAGAAGAUGAUGCGCUCUAUGCUCACCUACCCCCACACGAAAGGGACAUCUUGAAAAGACAGCUCGAUGCACCUCCCAGGCCUAUAUCCUUUUUCGGCCUCUAUCGAUAUGCCUCCCACAUUGAUAUCUUAAUCCUGGUGGUCAGCACACUCUGCGCCAUGGCGGCCGGUGCCGCAUUGCCUCUUUUUACCAUCCUAUUCGGAUCGCUGGCCACUUCUUUCCAAAAAAUCAUGCAAGAUACCGUCAGCUAUGAUUCAUUCUACCACGAUCUCACCAAGAAUGUCCUCUACUUCGUAUACCUCGGCAUCGGCGAGUUCGUCACUGUCUACAUCAGCACCGUCGGCUUCAUCUACACUGGUGAACACAUCACGCAAAAGAUCCGCGAGAACUACCUUCAAGCAAUCCUGCGUCAGAAUAUUGCUUACUUUGACAAGCUUGGUGCCGGUGAAGUCACAACCCGCAUCACUGCGGAUACCAACCUUAUCCAGGAUGGUAUCUCCGAGAAGGUGGGCCUGACGCUGACUGCUCUUGCUACUUUUGUCACCGCGUUCAUCGUCGCUUAUAUCAAGUAUGCUCCUCUGGCCGGUAUCUGUACCUCUACCAUCGUUGCGCUGGUCGUGAUUAUGGGUGGAGGUUCACGCUUCAUUGUCAAGUUCAGCAAGCUGUCCCUGGAGAGCUACGGUGCCGGUGGUACUGUGGCAGAGGAAGUCAUCAGUUCGAUUCGCAAUGCGACCGCAUUCGGCACUCAGGAAAAGCUUGCACAGCAGUACGAGGUCCAUCUGGCCAAGGCUGAGCGCUGGGGUAUGCGUUUGCAAAUGGCCCUUGGCGUCAUGGUUGGCGGCAUGAUGGGUAUCAUGUUUUUGAAUUACGGUCUGGGAUUCUGGAUGGGAUCCCGCUUCCUGGUGCAGCACAAGGUGGACGUUGGCCAUGUGCUGACGAUUCUGAUGGCUAUUCUCAUUGGAUCUUUCGCCUUGGGUAACGUGAGCCCGAACGGUCAGGCUUUCACUAAUGCCGUUGCCGCGGCUGCCAAGAUCUUCGCUACAAUCGACCGUACAUCCCCUCUGGAUCCUACCUCCGACGAAGGCAUCAUUCUUGAUCACGUUGAAGGCCAUAUCGAGUUCAAAAAUGUGAAACACAUCUACCCCUCUCGCCCUGAAGUGACUAUCAUGCAGGAUGUCUCACUCGCCAUGCCUGCUGGAAAAACAACUGCAUUGGUCGGUCCCUCAGGCUCUGGAAAGAGUACCGUGGUGGGUCUAGUCGAGCGCUUCUACCUACCUGUCGGUGGCCAGGUUUUCUUGGAUGGUCAUGAUAUCCAGACUCUCAAUCUUCGCUGGUUGCGCCAGCAGAUCUCGCUGGUCAGCCAGGAGCCUGUUCUAUUCGGUACAUCUAUCUUCAAGAACAUUCGUCACGGACUGAUCGGAACACGCUUCGAAAACGAGUCGGAGGAAAAGAUUAAGGAGCUCGUGGAGACUGCUGCCAAGAUGGCUAACGCCCACGAGUUUAUCUCCGUCCUCCCGGAAGGCUAUGAGACCAAUGUCGGACAGCGUGGUUUCCUUCUUUCUGGUGGCCAGAAGCAACGUAUCGCUAUUGCUCGUGCUGUUGUCAGUGACCCCAAGAUCCUGCUCCUGGAUGAAGCCACGUCCGCCCUGGAUACCAAGUCGGAGGGUGUUGUCCAAGCAGCGCUGGAUCGUGCUGCAGAGGGCCGCACCACCAUCGUCAUUGCCCAUCGUCUCUCAACCAUCAAGACCGCGCACAACAUUGUCGUCUUUGUCAACGGUCAAAUUGUUGAGCAGGGAACUCAUAGCGACUUGACUGAACACGACGGACCAUACUACAAGCUGGUUGAGGCCCAACGUAUUAAUGAGGAGAAGGAGGCCGACGCACUCGACGGCGACGACGAGGACAGCGCUGAACAAAUGACCAAGUCUCACAUCGCCCGCGUCAAGUCUAUGGGAAGUGAAUCGACCAGGAAUGAAAACGAGGCUUUCGCAGAUAACAUGCAGCGCCGGGAGUCGCGCAAGUCGAUCUCAAGCGCUGUCCUCUCGAAGCCAAAUGCGGAAGGCACAAGCAAAUACUCUCUUCUCACAUUGAUCCGGUUCAUUGGCUCUUUCAAUAAAGAGGAAUGGUACUACAUGGUCAUCGGUCUUUGCUUCUCGAUCCUCGCUGGUUGCGGCCAACCUACCCAGGCUUUCUUGUACGCCAAAGCUAUCAAUGCUUUAUCCUUGCCGGAGAGUAUGUGGGGCAAAUUGCGAUCGGACGCCAACUUCUGGUCUCUGAUGUUCUUUGUCGUCGGUAUCGUCCAGUUCAUCACCUUCUCCAUCCACGGUGUUACCUUUGCGUACACCUCCGAGCGAUUGAUCCGUAAGGCUCGCAGCAAGGCUUUCCGUGUUAUCCUUCGUCAAGACAUCGACUUUUUCGAUCGUGAAGAGAACAGCACUGGUGCUUUGACUUCAUUCCUGUCCACUGAAACCAAGCACUUGUCUGGUAUCAGUGGUCAGACCCUUGGAACAAUUCUGAUGUGCUCCACCACCCUGAUCGCUGCCAUUGUCAUUUCUCUGUCCUUUGGAUGGAAGCUCGCCCUUGUUUGUAUCUCUGUCGUCCCGGUUCUUCUUGGCUGUGGUUUCUACCGCUUCUACAUGCUUGCCUCUUUCCAGGCUCGCUCAAAGGCUGCCUACGAAGGCUCCGCUAGCUACGCCUGCGAGGCUACAUCCGCUAUCCGUACCGUCGCCUCGUUGACACGUGAGGACGAUGUUUGGUCUAUCUAUCACACUCAGCUUGAAAACCAGGGUCGUGCAAGUUUGAUGUCCGUUGUCAAGUCAUCUCUCUUGUACGCCGCGUCUCAGGCUCUGGUCUUCUUCUGUGUUGCCCUCGGUUUCUGGUACGGAGGUACCCUCCUUGGUCACCACGAGUACGAUAUCUUCCGCUUCUUCGUCUGCUUCAGUGAGAUUCUGUUCGGUGCCCAGUCUGCCGGCACGGUCUUCUCCUUCAGCCCGGAUAUGGGCAAAGCCAAAAACGCCGCUGCUGAGUUCCUGAAGCUCUUCGAGCGCCGUCCCACCAUUGACACCUGGUCUGAGGAUGGUGAGACUUUGUCGCACUGCGAUGGAAGCAUUGAGUUCAGGGACGUUCAUUUCCGCUACCCCACUCGUCCUGAACAGCCUGUCCUUCGCGGAUUGAACCUGAGCGUCAAGCCAGGUCAAUAUAUUGCGCUCGUCGGACCCAGUGGCUGUGGAAAGAGUACCACUAUCGCACUCCUUGAACGUUUCUACGACUCUCUCUCCGGUGGCGUCUUCGUCGACGAUAAGAACAUCGCCGAUCUCAAUGUGAACUCUUACCGUAGUCACAUCGCUCUGGUCAGCCAAGAACCAACUCUUUACCAAGGAACUAUCAAGGAGAACAUUCUCCUCGGUUCUCCCAAUGAAGACCCCUCCGAGGAAGAACUCUUUAAGGCAUGCAGGGACGCCAACAUCUACGACUUCAUCAUGUCUCUGCCCGAAGGCUUCAACACUGUCGUCGGUAGCAAGGGUGGUAUGUUGUCAGGUGGUCAGAAGCAGCGUGUUGCUAUUGCCCGCGCUCUCCUGCGCAACCCCAAGAUCCUACUCCUGGACGAAGCCACCUCCGCUCUGGACUCUGAGUCCGAGAAGGUUGUCCAGGCUGCUUUGGAUGCUGCUGCCCGUGGUCGUACCACUAUUGCUGUUGCUCAUCGCUUGUCAACCAUCCAAAAGGCCGAUAUUAUCUACGUCUUUGACCAGGGCAAAAUUAUCGAGAGUGGUACUCACACCGAGUUGCUCCGUAACAAGGGCCGUUACUAUGAGCUGGUGAAUCUUCAGUCUCUUGGAAAGAAUUAA